AUGAAAAGCACUUUCACCACCCAAAACACUUUCGUCUCUUUGAACUCGUCUUCGAAUAAAUCAUGUUUUUGUGACGUAAGAAUAAUAAAAGCGGAAAAGCAACCUUUACGGGAAACGUCCCGAGACGUGAAGCGAACGGAAUUCGCGCAAAGAGCGAAAACCUAUUUCGGAGGAAGAAUAGACCGUCGGUCGAUACAAACGCAGAAAGUUUUAAAUAAAGAUGCUGUGCUCAAAGACGUGCACGUGAUUUUAUGCGAACCGAAAAUCGCGUCCAAUAUUGGAGCCAUCGCCAGGUCCAUGUGUUCAUUCGAAUGCGAAAGCUUGUCGAUUGUGAAACCGAGAGUGGAAGUGAUUUCGAGAGCGAGCUUGAACGCGAGCAAAGGCGCGCAGCACAUCGUGAGGAACGCGAGGGUAUUUGAAAGUUUAGAGGAGUGUUUAAAUGUGUUGGAAAGAGAAAACGAGGAGGAGGAAAAGGGCGAAGGAGAAGGAGGAAAAGGUUCGGUAUUGCAAAGCGUCGCGUUCUCUCGGUGGAUGGCGAAAGACGAGAACGAGAACGAGGAAAAGAACAACAACGACGGUGAUCAUCACCGAAGACAAAAACACUUCUUCGGCACGAAACAAUUACUCGAAAACCACCCUCGAUCGGUUGCGUUAGUUUUUGGAAGCGAAUCUGACGGCCUUUCCGACGCUCAAGUCGCUCGAGUCGAUUCCGUUUGCGAAUACAAAAUGGGACGUUUGAUCGAAUCGUUGAGCGUAACGCACGCGGCGGUGAUUGCGCUCAACGCGUAUUUUGAAUCCAGGGUACUGAAAGAAGAGUAA